GCAGACAGUAUCACAGCCUACACAGACCGGACUUGUGUCAUAAUUUAGAUCACUUUAGAAAACAUGUUUGGAAAACACAACUCAAGCGGACAGAACCUUUCGCUGUCAAACACAAUCUCACCAGAGAUGGAGUUCCGGGAGAAGCUACUAAAGGUGGACCAGGUCCUGAACAGAGAUCACACAAAAGCUUUGGCCUUUCUCUGCAAAGAUAUCCUGAAAUGUGAUAUAAGCUCGGUGGAGUCCCCCAUUGACCUCUUCAAUCUUCUGGAGGAAAAAGACGUCCUCUCUGAGGAUCAGCCAUACCUACUCGCCGAUCUACUACGUGUCAUCGAACACUUUCAGUUACUGCGUGAGCUUGAUCUCAAUAGUACGAUGUCUACUACAAUAAACCCUAUCACCCCUUACAGGAAGCUGCUUUAUGAACUUUCGAAAGACAUCGGCCAAAAAGAAUUGAAAAAAAUCAAAUUUCUUUUGAGGAAUGACCUCCAACGUUCAGCACUGGAGCUGAAUGUUUCUACACUUGAAGUCUUCUUAGAAAUGGAGCGCAAGGACCUCCUGAGCAGCUCUAACCUCCUCCGGCUAGAGCAGAUACUAAAAGAUGUCCUUCCAGUGUUGGGGAAACAAAUCCAACAGUUUAAGGACUCACCAGGAAAAAUAGCCCAAGAGACGGGACUUGUUGACCUCCGACCAAGGUCCUCAUCAGAUGCCUCUCGCCGUGGAAAGGUACAGCAGCAGAUGAUGAUCCCAAUGUAUAAAGCGCUGGAGGGUGCCGAGCAAUAUCCCAUGUCGGGUCAACAGAGAGGCUUCUGCUUGAUCGUCAACAACUUUGACUUCAGCUGUUCCAAAGGACCUAAGAAUCGGGAGGGGACAGAAAUUGAUGAAGAGAGCCUGAGUCUUGUGUUCAGCUGGCUGGGCUUCCAGGUGGAGGUGGUGCAGAACGCCACCAGAGAUAAGAUGCUCUCCUCCAUGGAGGAGCUGGCCAGCAGGGACCACAGUGGGAUGGACUGCGUCGCUUGCGUCGUCCUGAGCCACGGCCUGGAGGGCGGCGUGUACGGGGUGGACGGGGGGAAGGUCCGGCUGAAGGAGCUCACAGAACUUCUGCAUGGGGUGCGGUGCCCCUCCCUGAGAGGGAAGCCCAAGCUGUUCUUCAUCCAGGCCUGCCAGGGCAACAAGAAGGAGCAGGCGGUCCCCGUCCCGGCCAACGGAACCGUCAACCCUAAGGUCCACGACCAAACUGACGGACCCAGCGGCCCUGGGGUCAACAUCCAGACCGACGGACCCAGCAGCCCUGUUGAUAUCUGCAGCGACGCCGUGGUCGCGAGUGAGUUGCUACCCAGCACGGCAGAUUUCCUGACCGCCAUGGCUACCACUCCCUCCCAUGUCUCGGUGAGAUUGAAGGAAGAAGGCUCCUGGUUCAUCCAGUCCUUGUGCCGGAACCUUGAGCAGUUGGUUCCACAGGGCCAAGACUUGGUCAGUAUCCUGACGAAGGUGAACGAUGAUGUGAGCCAGAUGUUCAAACGCAUCGGCGGAUGUCGACAGAUGCCCCAACAUUCCUCCUCUCUGCGGACGCGUGUGGUCUUCCCCGUCCCUGAAGGCCGUUUCAACCACAAAGUCACUUUCGAUGAUUUUUUAGGCGAAGAAUCAACUGUGUAGAUUUCGAACAUUAGCAGUUUUCUGGGAAAUGCUGGCGAAUCGAAAAUGUGUGCUAACGUUUUGGCGUCGAGAAGCUCCAUAAGCGCCUGCGGGGCAACUGUCAAAUGCGACCGACUGGGAACAUGCAACAACUUGCUUGUGACCUUAGAGAAUGUUCUUUGCAUUCUUGGUAAUGUUUUACCUGUACAUAUUAUGUAUGUACAGGUAAACCGUAUGUAUUUAUGUAUGUGUGUUUGUAAGUAUGAAUGUAUGUAUGUAGGUAUGGAUGAAUGUAUGUAUGUAUGUGUCCAUAUAUGUAUAUAUGUUAUAUGUACGUCAAUUAUUGAAUCCGGAAGUAAAAAUACCAUUCAUAUUCUGCAUAGAUGUUUUUGAUUAUUAGCCAUUAUGUCGUAACCAUCCAAGAUAAACUUUCCACGAGCCAAGAGAUUGUGAAAAGAUGGUAUGCUCCUGUAGAAGCCACAAGUUAGAGAAAAGUUUCAGGGAAAA